GGUGCGGAGGGUUGAGGUGGUGGAGGGGAGAGGGAGGCUCUUCAGGCGGGGGAUCGUCAUAGAGUAGCUGUUUGAGCCUCGCCACAGCCUCUCUGUAGCGCAGGGAGUCUGCCACGUCCAUGCUGGUGCAGAGGGGAAGAUGGAGCUAACGAGCAGGGUUUCCUGUCCUUCUUUCGUAACCUGCCAGAGAAACCCCACACAACAGUGCGAGUGUUUGACCGUGGGGAGUACUACACAGUGCACGGCCAGGAUGCCCUACUGGCCGCCCGGGACCUGUUCCGGACCCAUGCCGUGGUAAAGCUGCUGGGCUCAGGCAGCAACAAGGUGGAGUCGGUGGUUCUGAGUCGCCUCAACUUUGAGUCGUUCAUGCGAGACUUGCUGUUGGUGAAGCACUACAGGGUGGAGGUGUACAAGAGCAAGUCAGCCUCCAAGAAUGACUGGGAAAUUGAGUACAAAGCUUCCCCAGGCAAUCUCUCCCAGCUGGAGGAGGUGCUGUUUGGGGCAAGCACUGACCGCACUAUCACCACUGGAGUCAUGGCAGUGAAGGUGGCACCCGAUGGAAACCAGAAGGUUGUGGGUGUUGGGUACAUUGAUGUGGGUGGGCAGGAGAUCCGCCUGGCUGAGUUUAGCGACACGGAGGCCUUCUGUAACUUGGAGGCCCUUGUGGUGCAGCUGUCCCCCAGGGAGUGCCUACUUCCCUCCGGUGACCAUGGUCCCACUGGUGUCAAACUGAAGCAGGUCAUGAGCCGCAAUCCCUUACUGGUGACAGAGAGGAAGCGCUCAGACUUCAACAACAAGGACGCUGAGCAGGACCUUAGGCGGCUUCUGAGGAAGAGCAAGGGUAGUGCCUCGGCCUCCCUGGAGCAGGCCGGUGCACAUGCCACGGCGGCCCUCACAGCUGUCAUCAAGUACCUCGAGCUGCUAAGUGAUGAGUCCAACUUUGGCCAGUUUUCCCUGAAGCCAUAUGACUUGAGUCAGUACAUGCGCCUGGACGCUGCAGCUGUGCGGGCCCUUCAUGUGGAGCCUGUGGAUGGAGGCAGGGAGGGUGCAGGUGCACCAGCAGCCAGAACACAUUCUCUCCUUGGCCUCUUGGACAAGUGUCGCACCUCCCUUGGCCACCGCCUCAUGCUGCAGUGGUUGCGGCAGCCUCUUGUUGACAUCAAUAAGAUUGAGGAGCGCCUGGACCUUGUGGAGGCACUGGUGUCCUCGGUGCAACUGCGUCACAGUCUCGGCGAGGACCACCUCAGGCAGAUCCCUGACCUGAACCGCUUCACUCGCAGACUGACACGCAAAGAAGCCAACCUGCAAGACUGCUACAGGUUCUACCGGUGUGUGGAGCGACUACCAAACCUGUGUGAUGCCGUGGCUCGCUAUGACGGACCCCACACCACUUCUCUGGCAGCCGUCUUCACUACGCCACUGCAGGAGAUUAUAUCAGACCUGGCCAAGUUCCAGGAGAUGAUUGAGACCACCAUGGAUCUUGAACAGUGCAACAAGGGGGAAUUUGUGAUCAAGGCUGACUUUGAUGAUGGCCUGACAGAGCUGCGGGAGACCAUGGACAGCCUGGAGGAGCAGAUACAGGGGCAGGUGAGGAAGGUGGCCAAUGACUUGUGUUUGGAGGCAGGCAAGAGUCUCAAGCUGGAGUCGACUUCCCAGCUUGGCUAUCACUACCGUAUCACUCUCAAGGAGGAGAAGGUGCUGCGUAACAACAGAAACUACACCGUUAUUGACACCAACAAGACAGGCGUGAGGUUCAGGAAUGGGGCACUGCAGGACCUCAACGAGCAGCACUUGGCGGCAAAGGAGGAAUAUGCAUUGCAGCAGAAGGUCCUGGUGGAGGAGAUCAUUGGCAUUGCUGUUGGUUAUGUUGAGGUGAUCCAGAGUUUGGGGCAAGUGUUGGCGGUGCUGGACUGUACCCACGCCCUGGCCUCUGCUGCCGUGAGUGCCCCAGUACCCUACGUGCGGCCACGACUGCUGGCCAUGGGCUCUGGCAUGCUGAGGCUGGAGGGCAUGAGGCACCCCUGCCUGGAGAUGCAGGAUGAGGUGUCCUUCAUCCCCAAUGACUGCUCCCUUGGCAACGAGACGGGUCGGUUCCACAUCAUCACGGGGCCAAACAUGGGCGGCAAGAGCACCUUCCUGCGGUCGGUGGGCGUGGCAGUGCUCAUGGCCCAGGUGGGAUCCUUUGUGUCCUGCCAGGAGGCCGAGGUGUCCAUCGUUGACUCCAUCCUGGCUCGUGUUGGUGCAGGGGACAACCAGCAGAGGGGAGUGUCUACCUUUAUGGCUGAGAUGCUGGAAACCUCCACUAUCUUGAGAUCUGCCUCAGAAAACUCCCUCAUCCUCAUUGAUGAGCUUGGCCGAGGAACCUCCACCUACGAUGGGUUUGGCCUUGCCUGGGCUCUGUCAGAACACAUAGCCAAGGAGAUCCGUUCAUUCACCCUGUUUGCCACACACUUUCACGAGGUGACAGCACUCGGCAAGGAGGUGGACAGUGUGAAGAAUUUCCAUGUCACUGCCACCACAGCUCAUGGUACUCUUACUCUUCUCUACCUGGUGCGGCCCGGCCCAUGUGAUCGGAGCUUUGGCAUCCAUGUGGCGGAGCUUGCCAAUUUCCCAGCCACUGCUAUAGAGUUUGCCAGACAGAAAGCUCGGGAAAUGGAAGAUGACUUUGGGGAUGUGGAAGAUGACUCCGAAGAAGCUGUGAAAAAGAGGAAGCUGCAGAAAGAGGAGGGAGAGAAAGUGAUUGAAGAAUUCCUGGCCAAGAUUAGCAAGCUGGAUUGUGAUGCCCUGAAUGAUGAGGAGCUGGAGAAGGAGGUUGAGAAGUUACGGGAGGAGGCGCGGUCUCACAACAACCCCUACAUUGCCCACCUCAUGCCCAGAGAAACCUAAACUUGACCACACCUGACCAGUCAUUUCCAAGUUAUUAAGAGGAUAAGUAAGAAUGAAAGUUGGUACUAUUAUGUUUGAUAUGAUGAGGACAGGACAUGCUACAGGAAAUACCAAAUGAAGCUGUCCAAGAGAAUGCUGAAGACUACAUGAUGACGUGAAGGAAUUUAGUAGGUUGUAAUCAGAUGAGGCUGAAUGAUAUAAAAAUGCAAGUUCAUGUUUCCAAGUUAAAGGUUGAGGACUAGUUUAUUUGCUGUGUAUUGGGUUAUAACUACCAAUCCUACACAGAAUAUUGUUUCCAUGGUUACUACUGAUGUUUAUUUGGGUAAUUUGAGAAAUUUCCAGGGUGUGUGGUGCAUGGAAUCUUAUGGUUCUUUUAAUAGUGUGUCAUGGUGGCAGGACAUUCAUGUCACCAAGCAGGCCAAAAUGAUCAUCAGGGCCAGGGUGGGUUUGGGUUAGUUUUGACUGUCCUGUCAUAGAAGUGAUGACAUUCCUUUAACUCUAAAGUGUUUGCUGUUUCCUCCUACCUCAAGUUUAUGAACACUUGAUAAGAAGACUGGAUUGUUACAAGAGGAAUUGGUGUUCCUAAUGAAGAAGUUAUUAUUUUCUCAGAGUGACUGAGAAUGGUCUGAAAAAGAUUUGUACUUUAUCAAUAAGUUUAGUGAAUAUCUAAUGUUUAUAAUAAAAGUACAAAAGUUG